AUGGCCUCUACUAGUUCUCCAAGGCAACCGUUUAUUGUGGGAGGAAAAUAUAAAGUAAUUAGAAAGAUCGGGGCUGGGGCUUUUGGGGAUAUCUAUCUUGCAACCAAUCUGUUAACUGGUCAGGAAGUAGCCGUGAAGUUUGAAUCUCAGAGGACCACGCACCCUCAGCUAAUGUAUGAAAGCAGGCUCUAUAGGGCCCUCGAGGGUGGCGUGGGGAUUCCUCAUACCCGUUGGUUUGGUCAAGAGAAAAAUUACAGCGCUCUUGUUAUGGAUUUACUGGGGCCCAGCUUAGAAGACCUUUUUAAUUACUGCUCCCGGAAAUUCAGUUUAAAGACCAUCUUGUUGUUAGCUGACCAGAUGCUUACCAGAAUUGAAUAUGUACAUAGCAAAGAUUUCAUACAUAGAGAUAUCAAACCUAAUAAUUUCGUGAUGGGCUUGGGGCGUCACCGCAAUAAAUUGUUUCUGAUUGAUUUUGGUUUAGCCAAAAAGUAUCGCGAUAGCAAGAACAAUAAGCACAACCCAUUCCGUUCAGAUAAAAAUCUAACAGGUACUGCUAGGUACGCCAGUAUCAAUGCCCAUCUAGGUUUUGAACAAAGCCGCAGAGAUGAUCUUGAGGCACUUGGCUAUGUAUUGAUGUAUUUCAACAAAUCAGGCCUUCCCUGGCAAGGAAUAAGAGCACAAGACAGAGUGCAGAAAUAUGAAAAGAUUCGUGAAAUAAAGAUGAAUAUGCCUAUUGAGGUAUUAUGCAAGGGCUUUCCACAAGAAUUUGCCAUAUACAUGAAGUACUGUCGCUCCCUUCGCUUUAGUGAAACUCCUAAUUAUGCAUAUCUCAGGCAAUUAUUCAGCAAUCUUUUCAAUGCCAUGACCCCACCACACAAGGCGGGCGAUCAUACCUUUGAUUGGAGCAUCCUGAAGCAGAGAUCCCUGCAGGCAGGUACUUAUACACGUCCCUUCCCAGUAGAUUUCUAAACAGAAAGAGCAGAGGACACAUCAACCGAUCUGAUAAGGAAUUAUUACUUUCCUUCAAAAAAUGCUAUUGUAUAUAGACUUUUACAAAUUGUUGAGGGAACUCUUGAUUAUUAAGAAUUUUAAUUCAAAGAGCAAAAAAAAAAAACCCUAAAACCCCCCAAAACAAAAAAAAACUCAAAAAACAAACA